GGUGGACGUACGUCGCGCUCCAUCUUUAAAACAUGUUUGUUGCUUUUGGUGGAGAAAAGGGUGGACAAAUUAAUAAAAGCAUGCAACGCUCUUAAAAGUUUGCUUGAUUUAAAAAUAGAUAGGAAACAGGCCAUCUGUGUCUUAGCAUAGUGGAGCUCGGAGGAUUAAAUCCAGAUUAUGGCUGAAGCACACAACGUAGUGUGUGUGUGUGUGUGUGUGUGAUUGUGUGUGUUUGUUGCCUGUCAUCAGUGUGUCCUUGGCUGCAUAGACCAGCAGCAGGUUAGCUAGAGAGCUAUAACCGCCAGAUUGGACGAGCUAAAAGGGAACCGGAACGGAGCAAACGCAUACGAAUCUAUCUUUCCUCGCAGGCUAAAGCGCUCCAAAAAGUCGCCAUGGCUUUCUUGAUCAAGAGUAUGAUCGGGAACCCCCUGUCAGGUAUGGGCCUCGGCGGCGGAGGCGACAAGGAGGAAGAGGCCACCCCAUCGGAUCCGGCCAAAGCGGCGGGGAUGACCCGCGAGGAGUACGAGGAGUACCAGAAACAGUUGGUGGAGGAGAAGAUGGAGAGAGAUGCUGAUUUUUUGCACAAGAAGGCUGAGAGGGCGACGCUGAGGGUGUGCCUUAGGGAAAAGUACAGGCUGCCUAAGAGCGAGCAGGAUGAGAACAUGAUCGAGAUGGCCGGCGACGACGUGGACGUGCCCGAGGAGCUGCUCAAGAUGGUGGACGAGGACGCCACGGAAGAGGAGGGCAAGGACUCCAUCAUGGGCCAGAUUCAGAACUUACAGAACAUGGACAUGGACCAGCUGAAGGAGAAGGCGUCGGCCACCGUUACCGAGCUCAAGAGCAAAGCCGAGGAGAAGUGCGCCAUCAUGUGAGGGAGCGACCAGGAAGAAGACAGAGACGACCAAGACAGACGACGCUUAUGAGUCGAACUACAGUACAUUGCUGCGCAAAAGCCACCAUUAAAUUUGUUUCGGUUUGUUUAAUUAGCAGACUACUUCCUGGUUCAUGGAGGAUGACAAGAUAACACCAUUAAGCAUACAAAUGGUGAAAAUAUGUAUGUACUGCACCUUUAUCCAGAUUGUCAUCAGAAUCUAAUAGCUUCUCACUUAGCCCAGUCGCCAACCCGCUGUUCAGUUUCAUGUUAUUUUGUGUGUCUUUAGCGUAAUCCUGCUAACUGUAUGUGUCCUACUCUUUACCGUAAUGUUACUGUUCCAACACGGACGCUGAGGUCAUUAAAACAACCAAACUGGUGGUGGUCGAGACUUUUGCACAGUACUUCAUUUUAAGCAUUAAAAAUGCUCGUCUUAUGUUGAAUUGUCACAUGAUCGUGACCAGUGUUCCCUGUUUCAUUCAUUACGAUGGAAGACUUUAAAAUACAAAAUACACUCACUCCAAAAACAUUUUGAAAAGUAUUUUUUUUCCCUCACAUUCACAUCCCUUUUUUUGGUUACAAAUUCAUUUAAACUUUAAAAUAGAAAACCCACCCUCACCAAAAAAUAUUAAUUUUUAAAAAUACCCCAUUCACAUCCCUUCUUUUGGUCACAAAACUAAACUUAUUUCUGUCACAAAUGAGCUAAUUUACAGUCUACUUAAAAUAAUUUGUUUACAGUGAAAUAUGUAAAGAUGCUACAGAAAUAUACAGUACAUAUAAUUUGUUGGAGUGUUUUGACUUCCCUUUUUGGUGGUUCAAUGGUUAUGCUAGAUUUCUUUUGUAUGUUGUGUUGAAAUUCUUUAUAGGAUGUUUAUAGAGAUCGUUUCUAUUGUCGACGCAAAACAUGCGCAUGCUAAAACCCUCACAUGUUGAUUUAAACUACAUACAAGUCAUGAAAUCUGCUCAUUUGCAGGACUGCACAAUGUGAAAUCAAUAAUGUACAUACAGUUGUAAGACUUGUUGGAAAUAAAGAUGUGUAUUAUACUGUG